GUCCGCCCUCUUUUUCUUUUUUUUUUUUCAACCUAUUUUAUAAUCUCCCCACUCUCUUACUAGAUAAAAUGGCUUCAUUAUCACGCUCUUUUGCGUCUGCCAUCUCCAACCGCAGCUACACAAACGCACCUGCUAGUGCCAACGCUUUAAAGAGAAUCUUCCAUUAUGCCAGCACUUCUGACGACGAACACCAUGCCAGUACCAGCCAACCUUUGUUCAACAAUGCUACUAAGCAAAGAUCCUCUGGUGGUCUUGUUCAAAAGUCUAGCGUCAAUGUCAGCCCUAUCAACCAAUUCCAACUUCGUCGCAACCACACCACUUCUGUCCCUGACUUUUCUAAAUACAAAAAAGAAAAGAAUAGUGGUGAAGCCAGCCGUAACUUUGCUUACAUGAUGAUUGGUACAACUGGUUUGUUGUCUGCUGCUGGUGCUCAAGCCACUGUCAGUGAUUUCUUGGCUAACAUGUCUGCCUCUGCUGAUGUGUUGGCUUUGGCUAAGGCUGAAGUUGAUAUGGCUUCUAUUCCUGAAGGCAAGAAUGUCACUAUCAAGUGGAGAGGAAAGCCUGUCUUUAUUCGUCACCGUACUCAAGCUGAAAUUGCUGAAGCUAAUGAAGUCAACAUUACUGAAUUGCGUGAUCCUCAACAAGAUUCUGAAAGAGUCAAGGAUCCUAGCUGGCUUGUUAUGUUGGGUGUCUGUACACACUUGGGUUGUGUUCCUAUUGGUGAAGCUGGUGAUUUUGGUGGUUGGUACUGCCCUUGUCACGGUUCUCACUAUGACAUUUCUGGUCGUAUUCGUAAGGGCCCUGCUCCUCUUAACCUUGAAGUGCCUGAAUACAGCUUCUCUGAUGAUAAGCUCAUCAUUGGUUAG